GUGCUGGUGCCUUUGGGUCCGUCAUCGGGACAGGGAGGCGGUGUCUCAGUUGUGAUGAAGACUGGAUGGUUCAGUGGUUAAAAUGGGUACAGGACAGGAUUGGGACCCUGACACCCGUGGUUCCACCUUGCAACCUGGGCCUAAAGGAGGUGGGGACCCGGUGUGGUGUCCCUGAGCAGCAGUUGGACGUCCCUGAGCUGAGCAUGCCUGAGCCGACAUCGCACAGCACGGAAAAGAAGCGUGAGAGAAGUGCAGAGAAGGUGGGAACAAAGGGCAGCGCCGCGGUGCCUGCAGUCCCCAAGAGCCUCCCCGUGAAAGCAAAGGUGGAGCCCCACAGCCUGGACCCCGCGGAGGAGCCGCUCAUCUGGGAAGGGCUCACCCUCAACAAGUGCAUCCUGGUGGCCUCCAUCGUCGCCCUGCUCAGCGUCAGCUUCCAGGUGCUCCAAGCUCCACCAUGCCCCAGGGACGGUGUCAGCAGUGGCAAGCAAGAGCCCCCAGCAGCUCCCAUCCAUGAGGUCGUCAUCCCCAAGGAGGAGGUCCCAGAGGUGGUGGCUCCACAGCCCGUCCCGCCUGAGAGCAGCAUGCUGGAGGAUGAUGAUGGUGACGAUGAUGGUGACGAUGAUGACGAAGCGGACAGCAACCUGGCCGAGCCCUGGAUCUUCAAGAAGUGGUUUGGCCGCUCGGAGCCGGGGCAUGAGGAGGAAGAGCCUGGAGAAGAGGAGGAAGAGCCCACAGAGAAAUCUGAGGAGCCAACAGCCAAAGUGGAGCUGAGGAAGGGCCAGGAGAAACCACGGGGCCCAGAGAAGAAAGAGGAGAAGACCCGAGGUCUGGAGAAGGAGGAGAAAACUCGAGGCCCAGAGAAGAAGGAGGAGAGAAAGGAGGAGAAGGAGGAGAAGAAGGAAGAGAAGAAAGAGAAGAAGGAGGAGAAGAAGGAAGAGAAGAAGGAAGAGAAGAAAGAAAAGAAGGAGGAGGAAGAGGAGGAGGAGGAGGAGGAGGAAGAGGAGGAGGAAGAGAAGAAGGAGGAGAGACCGCGUGGCCCAAGGAAGGAGGAGAGGCCCAAGGAGGGCCGCGCAGCCCCAGCAGAGAGGAGCGGCCGUCGGGAGCCGCGUCCCAAGGAUAGGAGCCCUGAGGAGAAGCCCCCCAGAGCCCCCCGGGCACACAGGGAGCCCGAGCAGCAGCAACACAAGAAGAGACGCCGUGAGGGGAAGGAGAGCCGGCGGGAGAAGGAUGAGCAGCGCAGGGAUGGCAGCAAGGGCAGAGCGGGCAGAGCCGAGCGGCAGGAGAGCGGCCGGAGGAACUGGGGGCUGCCACGGGGCGAGCAGCGGGGCAGGAAGGCCGGGGAGCCAACGGGGAGGGACAGGGCACGAGAGGGCCGGCGGCGUGACUGAAGGCUGCGAGGGACCGACUGGGCCCGGCCCCACGGAUACACGGCCACCAUCCGUCCGCUGGACCCCCUGCUGCCACCACGCCUUCAGCCUUUGUCCCCACGCCCAGAGUGGCUGCAAGCGAAGUGGGGACAUCGGGAUCCUGCUGUACCCAUGGGACAUUGGGACCUGCUGUGGCAAUGGAGACAUUGGGGUCCUGCUCUGCUGAUGGGGACACUGGGAUCUGCUGUGCCCAUGGGGACACAGGGGCACUGCUGUGCCGACGGGGACACUGGGGUCCUGCUGUGCUGAUGGGGACACUGGGAUCUGCUGUGCCCAUUGAGACACUGGGGUCCUGCUCUGAUGAUGGGAUUCAUCUGUGCCUGUGAGUGACUGAGUCCUGCUGUUCCCAUGGUGACACUGAGUUCUGCUUUGCCAAUGGGGACGUUGGGGUCCUGCCAUGCCUGUGGGGACAUCGGCCACCCAGCCCAGCAUGAGCCUCUGUGGGGACUCUAGGACUCCCCAGGAUGAAGGCAGCCCAUAGGGAGCAUGGAAAUGAGCUCUGCUCCCCCUGGGCUUCGUGCCACCCUCCAUCCCAGCUGCAGCAGCAGCUCAUUGUCUCCCAUGCUGACACCUAAGGAGUAAGGAUGCACUCCCGGCAAACAGAGGGGUCUGCAGCCCUGGUAGCUCUUUAAUUCAGUGAAUGAUUUUAUUGAAAAACAAAUCAAAGAGAGAAGUGUGUUCCGGGUGAAGGAAGCCAAGCUGCCCUCGGAGCGUGGACACAUGGCCCCAGUGCAGGAGGCCCAAAGCUUUGGAACCAGAGCUCAGGUCCUGCUCCGCAGAGCUGCUUUUAGGGAGAAA